UGAAUAUUCUAUUUAUACAAAGUCUACUGUUAGAGCUACCAACCAUGGCUUUCAUAUGGACUACAAUUAUAGUAGCUAUAGCCAUAUACAUGUUCCAUAAGUUACUAAACAUCAAGAACAUAAAAAAACUUCCACCAGGUCCAUGGGGAAUUCCCAUUUUGGGACAUCUCCACUUGAUAGGCAAAAAUCCCCACCAAGAUUUUUAUAGAUUAGCCAAAAAAUAUGGCCCUUUCAUGCACAUCAAACUUGGAUUGGUACCAACAAUUAUUGCCUCUUCCCCUGAGACAGUUGAAAAAGUCCUCAAGACAUAUGAUCAUGUAUUUGCUAGUAGACCUCAUCAUGAAGCCUCUCAAUAUAUGUGUUAUGGCCAAAGAAACUUGAUUUUCUCCAAAUAUGGAUCUUAUUGGAGGAACAUGAGAAAAUUGACCACUUUGAACCUUGUGAGUAGCCAAAAAAUCAACUCAUAUCAACCUUCAAGAAAGGAAGAAGUUUCCCUUUUGGUUAAAUCAAUCAAACAUGUUGCUGAUCAAGAACAUGUACUUGCUGUUGAUCUUAGUGCAAAAGUUUCGUUGUUGAACGCGAAUUUGAGUUGUUUAAUGGUUUUUGGGAAAAAGUUUAUGGAUGAUGAUUUGGACAAAAGGGGUUUUAAAUCUUUAGUUCAAGAAGUUGUACAUUUAGCAGCAACACCAAAUCUUGGUGAUUUCUUUCCUUAUCUUGGUGUUUUGGACCUACAGGGGAUUACUAGUAGGCUAAAGGCACUUUCCAAGGUUUUUGAUGAAUUUCUUGAGAAGAUUAUUGAAGAACAUGUUCAGUCUAAGGAACAAAGGGAAACUAAGGAUUUUGUUGACACCAUGAUGGACAUUAUGCAGUCUGGUGAAGCUGGAUUCGAGUUUGAUCGACGCCAUGUCAAAGCUGUCCUAUUGGACAUGCUUAUGGCUUCAAUGGACACUUCAGCAACAUCAGUAGAAUGGAUACUCACUGAGCUACUCAGGCAUCCUCAUGUCAUGAAGAAACUACAAAAAGAAUUGGAACAAAUUGUAGGCCUUGAUAGAAUGGUAGAAGAAUCAGACCUGGAAAAUUUAACUUACUUAGACAUGGUAAUCAAGGAAGCCCUGAGGCUGCAUUCUGCUGCACCAUUACUAAUUCACGAGUCUAUAGAAGACUGUGUUGUUGAUGACUUCUUCGUGCAAAAGGGAUCGAGAAUUAUUGUCAAUGUAUACGCAGCUCAAAGGGAUCCUAAAGCUUGGCCUGAACCAGACAAGUUUUUGCCAGAAAGAUUUGUUGAGAGCAGUGUAGAUCUUCGUGGACACGACUUUCAACUUCUACCAUUUGGCUCUGGUAGAAGAAGUUGCCCUGGAAUGCAGUUGGGAAUCAUAAUUGUUCGCCUUGUGGUCGCGCAAUUGGUGCAUUGUUUUGAUUGGGAACUUCCAAAUGGUAUGAAUCCUAGUGAAUUGGACAUGAGUGAGCAAUUUGGAGUAGUAACUUGUAGAGCAAAGCAUCUGAUGGCAAUUCCUACUUAUAGACUCCAACUUGUAGCUGAUUUAAAUUAAGCAUUUUCAUGUAUAUGUACCAUGUAACUUUUGAUGUAUUUUUAGUGCAAUUGUACUGUUUAUUAGUAUAGUGAAUUUGAUUUUAUUUGUUUGGCUAUAAAUGAAUGAGAAGUUCUUGUAAGCAACUGUUCUGAAUGUUUGAUAUUAAAAUGUG